AGCAGCGGCCGCGGGGCCGGAGAGCCUGGGCCGGACCGGGGAGCGCCAGGCGGGGCUGCUCCGGAGUCGAGGCGGCGGCGCCCGAGGACGCGGAUCUCUCGCCGCUGGGAGUCGCCGGCACCAUGGGUUGCUGCACCGGACGCUGCUCGCUUAUCUGCCUCUGCGCGCUGCAGCUGAUCUCAGCACUGGAGAGGCAGAUUUUUGACUUCCUUGGCUUCCAAUGGGCACCGAUUCUUGGGAAUUUUCUACAUAUAAUUGUGGUCAUAUUGGGUUUGUUUGGAACCAUUCAGUACAGACCACGAUACAUCAUGGUGUACACAGUGUGGACUGCGCUCUGGAUCACCUGGAAUGUGUUCAUCAUCUGCUUUUAUUUGGAAGUAGGUGGGCUCUCUAAGGAUACAGACCUCAUGACAUUCAACAUCUCUGUACACCGGUCAUGGUGGAGAGAACACGGGCCUGGAUGCAUCCGGAGAGUGCUGCCUCCAUCAGCCCACGGCAUGAUGGAUGAUUACACAUACGUCUCUGUCACGGGCUGUGUCGUCGAUUUCCAGUACCUAGAGGUCAUUCACAGUGCUGUCCAAAUACUACUCUCUUUGGUUGGUUUUGUGUAUGCCUGUUAUGUGAUCAGUAUUUCCAUGGAAGAGGAAGACACAUUUGAUUUCAUAGGUGGACUUGAUACACACUCCUACUACCAGGAUCAUGUUGAGUUAAAGCCCGUUAAACCUGUCGAAAUAAGUAAUGAUAUUGACUCAGAAAUGCGGCUGCUGAACUUGACUUAA